UGUGCGGAGCGCGCAGAGCCGUGAGCCGCGGGGCCGUGCGCUGCGGGAACGUGAGUCAGCAGCGCAGCCGCCGCCGUUGUUUUGGAGCGGGAAGCUCAGCCCUCUGCCGCGGUCCUAGAGCGGCCCAAAGCAGCCGCAGCUGCUAAAAACGCCCGAGCUCGCCCGCAGCUGUUACGGGCCGGCCUCGGCUCGUCGGUGGCUGAGCGCCGCUAGGCUGGAGCUCGGGUCUCGGCUCCUGCUGGGGUUUCAGGCUCAGGCAUGUCCUUGGGCUGCUACACUGCAGCUACGGCUGCUGGAGGAGUGUAGAUAAUGGAGUCUCAUAACUCUGACAGCCUUCGCAAGAGUAAAUCACCAACUUCUGGAAGUGAAGAUGAGAUUGAGUUCAUUGGAGAAGGACCUUUAAGGCCUGUCCUUGAAUGCAUUGAUCUCAUCAGCAGUGAGGAUGAAGAACCUAACAGCAGUUCUUAUUUUCAUAGCAAUACCAAGCGUAAGGAUCACAUUGACUACCAGAAGGAACGAGUUGCAUCAACCCUGGAUCGCCUGGCACGCCAUGUUGAAGUAGAGAAACAGCAAAAAGAAGAGAAAAACAAAGCCUUUAAGGAGAAAGUUGAUUCCCAAUAUGCCCAUGGGUUGCAAGAACUAGAAUUUAUUCGGGAGCACAGUGAUACAGAAGCUGCAAGGUUAUGUGUAGACCAGUGGUUAAAAAUGCCAGGUCUGAAACCAGGCUCUGUUAAUGGUGGAAGAAGGGAUAUUUUUAAGAGGACAGGUCAGACUCGAGUCAACAGCAGACCCAAAUGUUGUCCUGUGAUGCAUUGCAACAGAGAGUUUGAUAAUGUACAUCUUCUUCUGGGUCACCUUCAAAGGUUUGAUCAUUCUCCUUGUGACCCAACAGUCACAUUACAUGGACCCCCACAUAAUGCUUUUGCCUGUGUGAUAUGCUGUGAAAGAUUUGCAACCUCUCAGCAGUACAGUGAUCAUCUUUUAUCUAAGCUAAAUGAAAAUGAUGGGCAUAAAAAAGGUAUUCCUCCACAGCAUAUUCAGUGCUUUGCAUGCCCAAAGUGCUUCCUCCUUUUCACCAAAAGAGAUGAGUGUUGGCAGCAUAUGUCACAACAGAAACACAUCAUCCAGGUUCCUGAACUGAGUGAUGCAGUGAAGUCUGGCGAUCCACUACCUUUUCCAUCCUUUGCAAAGAACCUCUUGAUAUCUCUGUGUAAAGAGGUCUCCUUCCAAGUGAAAUGUAUGUCUUGCUUCAAGAUACUGCGCUCACAUAUGGAAUUAACAGCUCAUUUCAGAACACGUUGUUAUAAUUCUGGGCCAAUGGCACUGUCAAAGAAAAGCAUCUCCCAAGUUGCAGAGAUAUUUAAAAUGAAAGGUCACUGUGAGAGCUGUGAUGAACUGUUUGCUGAUAAGAAUGAGAUGACCCAACACAAACAAACCACUCAACAUAACAUUAGAGUUUUUACUACACUGGAAGAGUCAAUCUUGAUGUUCUGCCAUGUCAAUGGAAAACAUAAAAGUCAGUCUCAUUUGGCCCACAUUGCGGAACGGUCAAGACCACUGCUGAAAAGACACUUGAGUCCAGAUGAGUCUUCCAGUGAAACAGGGUCUAGUCCUUCAAAACGGAGGAGUAAUUUAAAAGGUAAAAGUGAAGAUAAAGUUGCAAACCAAAGUCAAGGUAGUGCUUCCAAAGUAAAAGCCUGGUUUUGUGAAUGCCUUCAAAAGUUUUUUACAGAAGAGUCAGUAGAAAAGCACAUUUUAUCAGCAAAUAGGAUCUGUCACAAGUGUGCUGUGUGUGGAAAGCUGGCUGAAAAUUCAAGCAUUAUCCGCCUGCAUAUGAGUCGAUUCCAUGGAGGAGCACACUUGACUAAUUUUCUUCUCUGGUGCAGAGCAUGCUCUGUAGAUCUUAGAGAAGAGGAUAUUAUGGGACAUGUAACUGAAUUUCAUGGUGGGCAUAGUUACUACUAUGAGCAAGAAGCUGUAGAAGACGAACCUAUACCAUCUGCUUCUGAUGCAGUGAGCGUUUCUGCAGGUGGAGAUAAAGACUGCAUUUCUGGCCCUGUGGAACUGUCCCCUGAAAGUGGUCCUGUUGUGGGAAAGUGGCAGUGCCGCAUUUGUGAGGAGAUGUUUGAGUCUGAAGAAAGUGUUCAACAGCAUUGCAUGUCCUUAGAAAGCCAUGCAUUUCACAGGUACUCAUGUGGCAUAUGUAGAAAUCAUUUUCGGAAGGUAGGAACUCUACAGCGGCACUUCCAAGAGCAUCAUAAUCAGGAGAUGCAGAUUAAAUAUUUCUGUGGCCUUUGUGGUAAUCUCUUCUUCAACACAGAGGAAGAAUUUCUAAUCCAUUACAAGACGCUUCAUAGCAUGGACUAUACGUUUGUGCCUGAGCAGAUGGAACUGUCAAUAAAAAAAGAUGAGGACUUCCUCCCAGUGGAACAAGGAGACCGCUUAACCUGCGGUUGCCGGACAACUUACGUCUCCAAAAUAAACAGGAGGAACGAUCAUGAGAGUUGUCAGAAAGCCAUGCUGCAGAAAGGAAACUUAUGGUUUCGAUGCUGCCUAUGUUCUGCCACGGCACAGAAUAUUGCUGAUAUGAACAGUCAUCUCAAGAGCCACAAGUCAGUAAAAUCUAAGGGAGAGAUGUAUGUUGUUAGAUGUGCUGCAUGCAACAAGAACUUUGAUGAUCUUCAAAGUGCGCAUCAGCACUAUCACAUGAAACACUGCUUCUUACAGAAACCUGAUCUAUCAAGUCUUGCAGCAGAAUCAGAAGACACAGUAUUCAAGUUUUCAGCAAGUGGGGCUUGUGUGGUCAGAAAACCUCACAGGCAACAAUUUCAAGCAUCUCCAUCCAAAACUCAGGACAGACCACAGUUUUCUUCUCUGCAGGGCCCAAUAGAGGGAAAGAAAAUAAAAAAUGAGGACUUAGAACAUUCUGAAGAACUUAGUGAAAAUGGUGAACUUCCUGAUCUUGACUAUCUGAGUACCAUGACUCACAUUGUGUUGGUGGAUCUGGACAACUGGGGAAGCUUUUUCACACAGCUGCCAGCUAACCUGAACCAAGGGACAUUUAUCUGGGGUUUUCAAGGAGGAUACAGCAACUGGAAGCCUCCAGUGCAUUGCAAAAUUUACAAUUAUCUUAAGAGGAUUGGAUGUUUCUUUCUUCAUCCACGUUGCAGUACCAGAAGAGAAGCGGCAGACUUUGCUCUCUGUGUUCAUGCUGGCCGUCUGGAUGAGCACCUGCCCAAGCAAAUUCCUUUCACUAUUCUUUCUGGAGACAAGAGCUUCCUGGAACUGGAAAACCAAUUUAAAAUGACCCAGCGGUCAGCUCGCAUCCUGAAUCCUCACCACAUUGAAGGAGACAUGAUGUGUGCCUUGCUAAACAGCAUUUCAGAUACAACAAAAGGUUCAGAUAGUGAAGAGGAUGAAGAUAUGAAAGAAACAUUGAAGCGGAGCUUAGAAGAAACAAACAAAGAAGAAGAACUGCAAGACACAGAACUGCAAGAUGCAGAACUGCAAGAAGCUAUCAAAAGGAGCCUUGAGGAAAUGUAAAUGAAGAUAUUUCAGUACACUAACACCAUGCCAUCAGAACUGCUCACAAAAAUGGAAGCUAGUUCCAUCUAUUUACAAGGGUUCAAAAAUGCCACUUUUGAAAUGCCUGUAAUUGUUAGAUUAAUAAUCUGAUGUCUUCUGUCAUAUUGAGGAACAGCUGGAGUUUAUUCAUAUUCACAGCAAUGUGUUAUGUUUGAUAAAAAGAAAUUUUUAAGCCUUUUCAUAUUCGUUUCUAAGGGGUGAUGACUAAAUCUCUACAAUUUAGCAGUUUGAAAUUGUUGUCUAAUUAGUAGGCUGGUCUUACUAGGUAUUGUGGGGUUCCUGGUUGUUUAGGUUUAAUUUCUUAAAUUGGUUCUUGUAUUUAAUUUUUUUGUCACAAAAUGUCAUUGUCUUUAUUUACUUUUUCAUGUGGUCUUUGCAACAGAUAAAAAUAGUAAACACCAGUUAUCUCAGAUUUGCCUGGCUAAUCUUGUUAUAAAGAGAAGCUUAGAUCCCAGGGUUGUUGAACAUAUGGCUUAACUCUUGCCUAUGGCUGGUUUUACUUCAUAGGCCAUGAUUUUGUCUCUGUCCUGUUUUUUUAUAAAUGUCUGAAUCAGAACCACAGGCUAUACAGUUAGUUUACCAGCUUUGUUUUUAUAAAUAUGUUUGUUUUUUCAAAAGUGGUAGAGUAUUUGGAUUUGAUGGCUUAAAGUUUGAUGACUUCAUUGGCUCUCCCUUACCUGAAGCAGAACAACCUUUUAAGGGAACAGAAUCUAAACUUUCUAGUUUCUGUUUGGACUACAAUGUGAGAAGAUUUAAACUGUAAUAUUUCUGUAUACUAUGGUCUUUGCUCUCUUCUGCUCAUGAAGAGGUAGCAUUGGAUAAAUGGAUGUAAAUGUCAUAAUUAUUUUUGUACUGUCCUUACUUUAAGUGAAAUUAUUUGUGUUUAAAUUUAUCUGUCAUCUUUCUCAGUUUUGUUUAAAAAUACCUAUGCAAACUGUCCAGCUUUACCAGCCUGUUCUCCUUCAGUUAAUGAUUGCUGUCAAUCAGUAAGAAUUCUCAGUGUAAUAAAAUGCCAGCCUAAUUCUUUUCUAUGAUUCACUCACCUUGUGAAUUUGCUUCUACCUGCUGUAUCCUUAAAUACUCAUUAUGCAAGUAGAUACUUUGUGUGGAGAAUAUGAUGUGGGGAAGGCUGGAUUUUUCUCACUAUUCCAAAGAGUCAGUGUAACAACAGCUGUUUGUCAUCAUGGUUAGAAAAGCUGGAAGACUGGUUUAUUUCUAAUCAUCAGUCUGAUAUAAUUGCUGUCUCUGAAGCAAGUAGAAUGAAGGAAGAAUCUGGUGAGGUAUCUAGCACUCAUUAGCAAUCAUACAGCUUGAAGAAACUGUUCAAAUGCCAGAAAAUAGUUGUAACACUUAGAGUGCAUUUGAGUGUGACUCCCAAGUGUUACAGGGUGGACAGGACCUCUUAGUGGUUUUCUGUAGCCUUGUCCCGCAGCCACAGGAGCUGGACGGAUGCUGGCUAGCCGGUCCCGGAGUGGCCAGAGGAGACCACGGAUUCUGCCACUCCCAGGUUCUUCCCAAGAACCCCGGGCAGUGGUGCCGUCUGCGGCGUGGUUAGCGCACGCGAGAGCGGGACUACGAGCUACUGAGGCGAAGGGAGGAGACAGCCGACACUUGUAUGGGCGCCAAGGCACUUUAUUGUACCGGGCGGGACCAGUGACGGUGUCAGGGAAAGACAGCUCGGGGAGACACUGAUAAAGGGGAUGGGUGUGACAGGAGGAGACACGAGGGGACCAAUAAA